AUGCAGAGCUUGCUGAACGACCAUGACUUCAUGCGCAGCCUGCUCAAGAUGGACCCGAGGCUGUCCAAGCUCCUCGAGAAUUGCCCAGAGCUGAACCUCAUGCUCCACGACCCCGAAGUCAUGAAGCAGGCGACUGAAGCUUUGCGAAAUCCCGUGCACGUCCGCGACGUGAUCCGCAGCACUGAUCGCUCCAUGUCGCAGCUUGAGGGCCUGGGAACUGGAUCCUUCGACGUUCUGAGGCAGAUGUGCGAGGACAUCCGGAGGCCCAUGCAGGACGAAGAGUACGUCCGGCUUCUAGCGGCCGCGGAAGCCCAGAAGAAGGAGGCGGAGAAGGCCGAGAAGCUGAAGAGCCAGCGGAAGAUGCAAGGGCAGGCCGACCUCGAGGAGGACGAUGACGUCCCAGGCGAGGAGAAGGCCGAAGAGGACGGAGCGCAGGAGGCCCCGGAAGAGGCCCUCGCCCCAGAGGAGGAGGAGGAGGAGGGCGUGGAAGCUCCCACGUGGGUCGGUACUUUCGAUACCAACGCCAUGGCAGCCAUGAUGCAGGACCAGAACAUGCAGUCACUCCUGGCACAGCUAGUGCAAGCAAUGCCAGGGCCAGGCAUCAAAGUCCAUCCAGACGAUCCCUUCUUGGAUCCCUCCUUCAUUGGGCAGAUGUUUCACGCACAGACCAUCGACUCCAUGGUCAAGCUGCAAGAUGCGGUUGAGAAGCUGUCGAUGACCGAUGGCGCAAAAGCAAGCGCGCCAAACGCAAGAAAGAAGAAGGGGCAGGACAUCAAGGAUGACGGUCCGGCAUACGACUCACCAGCCGCGCUUAGCGGCCUGCACUACCGAAGUCCAGCCCACAACUUCAAAGAGUGCUUCAACAUGUUCAUCGCUGCUGAGCAGGAGAGUCCGGAGAUCCGAUAUAAGGGUCAGCUGCAGGCGAUGCGCAACAUGGGCUUCACGGACCAGGAAGCUUGCAUCCAGGCCCUGCACAACUGCGAUGGCAACAUGAACAAAGCCGUGGAGCUGCUCAUGGAGAAGGCCGAGCCGAACCACCGAUGCAAAGGGCAGAAGUGUGAACGCUGCGGCAGACGGGUAUCGCUGCUGGGUGUCGACGGCUUCGGCAUUGUCCGGAGACGACACGAGCGGAGGUGCUCGAUUGAAUCGGCAGCGCAGCAGCAGGCUAUUCAGCCGCCGGUCGACGAGCCGAGCGGCGCUGGUGCCUCAUCAUCCAGCACAGCGACAGGAGAGGCGGAGGCGCUCGUUCCCUCAGCGCCGGCCCUUGGGGAAAGCGCUCCAACAAGAGAGGAGACGCGUUGGCGAUUCUACCCAUUCAGCAGACUGCGAAGUGUGCUGAGAUGUGGAAGGCGCAGCAGGCCGCAACCAAAAGGAGCCUCAUCGGCCCUAGCGGAUGGUGCGAUGUCCGUCUCCCAGCCCAGUGAGUCUGCCCAUCCAAGCAGCAUGGUGAGGCCAAAGGCAUCGAGCCUUCUCUCCACGUUUCAAGUCUCUGCAGCGCUCGAGCGGGCGGCAGCUGGUGAGCUCCAGGGGUUCACACCUCUGGAGACAGUUUGGCUACAGAGCGUGGCCGACAAGGCACCAGUGGCGCGCCAAAGUGUGCAAGUACCUCCAGAAGGCGAAGGUUGGCACGGGCCACUCGAUAGCAACGACGGCCGCUGGAGUUUGCAGCUCUGGUACAAGUGGUCCUCUGCAACCGUGAUAUCGACGGUCUGUCGGGUGGCCCUUCCAGGCAGCUUCUGCGAGGUGCUCUCCCUCUUCCGUGAGGCAGAUCUUGCAGCCAAUUGGUUGCCUUUCGUGAGCGGUGGCAACUGCUCGUUUUCCCAGGAUCUUCCUGCCCUACUCACCAGCGUGCGGAUCAAGCUGCCUUUGGUCCCUUACUCCCUGCGGACGCUGAUACAUCGGGCGUUCAUCGAUGAAUUUCGCUCGACUUCAUCGCCUGGGGUGUGCAUUGUGGAGUGGACGCCCCCAGACAUCGAGCCAACAGGAUACUGUGGAAUGGCGGUCCCUGCGAUUCCGCCCCGGUCCUCGGCUAUGCAGGUGCAGCUGGGGGCAACCAAGAUCAGCUCCGAGCCUGACGAACAGAAUCGGUGCGUCGUGGUCACUGCUACCCAGAAUGACUUCAAAGUCAACAAUCGGCUGGUUCCCAACAUGGCCCUUCGAAAGUUUCUUGCCAUCAACUCGAGAGUCGUUGCUGGCAACAUGGCUGCGUGCCUGGAGGACAUGGAGAGAUUUGGGUACAGUCAGCGCAUUGAAAAAGAUGCCCAGGUUUUGGACCUACAGCUUUCACCGCUGCACUGGCAGCAGGUUAGCCACAUUUUCGCAGCGCCGGUGGUACCUGUAAAGCUGAGAACCUGGAUCAUGAAGGACAUCGUCCGACAGCCCGCAGCCAGACAAACGCCCGACAAACUCCGCAAGGUGGAGGCAGUCCUGGCUACCAACGGCUACCGAAGUGUGCCAAGCGAUUGCAAGGGAAACUCGCGCAACGGGUGCGGGGGCCGUCCCGAUGGAGCCAAGGGCCAUGCAAACCCCUCAGCGCUCUGGACCAUGAGCUCAUGGAUACUCCAGGCGAUGCAAGACCUUCACACCGCCCACAUGAUGGAGGAAAAAGCAGGAAGCAGUUCAGACUCGACCCCCGAUUGGAGGGGAGACGAGGAGGUGGUGCCGACGGCAGGGAUGGCCGGAGACGAUGCUUUGACCGCUUCGGGGUUCUCUGCCGACGAGCGGGAAGCUGCGACAGACGCUCCAGGCAAGACACACCGCUCUGCGAAAGUGGUGGAGGAUGAGCUGUAUGAUGCCGUCAUGGCGCGUCUGGAGGUCGUGCUGUCCGAGCAAGAAUCUGCUCUGUGGCAGCAUGGCCAGGAGGAGAUAGCCCAGAUGCAGCGGGAUCAUGAGAGUCAUGAGAAUGUUUGGGCGAGCUUGCAGGAGCUUGCAAGCCAUCAAGCGGAGCUCAGGGACCAGCAGGCUGAAAUGAAUCGUGAAAUCUUGCAGAUCUCCAAGAAGCUAGACUUUGUGAAGGAGCUGAAUGAGGCCGCGGGAAUCGAUGGGGAACAACAUCUGCCCAAGUGUGAGGUACAUGCUCCAAGUGCCUCAGUCGCCUGCCCUGCAACGUCCUCUGCCGAGGUUCUCCAAAGUCACUACGACGACAUUCUUGUGGAUAGUGCUGGUCACCAACUUUUGCCACCGCUGUUGCUGUCCUCGGUGGGGUCUCCUGCUGCUGGUCCAGACACUGCGACCAUCAUGUCCGCUGUGUGCGCGGCCGCCCAGGCCGCGGCAUCCGCAGCAGCUGCUGCUGUUGCCGGCUUGCCCAUGGCAGGUGGGUUUCCCGUCGGCUCGAAUGACAACGCCGAAGGUCCUCGAACACCCCGCAAGCAUCGACCAGGCCCCACAGUGCUGUCCUUGGCCAGUGCGUUGACCUCGGAGCAGACGCCGCCCCCGGCACCCCGGAAGAGGGCUCCGUCCAGGCUCAACAUCGCUGCGCACUUGGAGGAGGCCAAGCCGACGCCGCCCGCAGCGCUGCGGGCCGAAGCGCCAGCCUUUGUCCCUGGUGCGGAGGUUCUGAGGGCCAAUUGA